CUCAAAAAAGUCUUACUCAUUCUCUUCCCUUCUUAAGACCCUUUUGCACCCCAUAUCUUUCAAACCACUCCCCCCUCUCUCUGUCUUUCCUCUAUUUCCUCCCCCAUCUCAUAUACAUAGCAAGAAGAGAAAAAAAAAAAAAAACUGUCCAACUCCAUUGAUAGACAAUUUUGAGCUUAAUGGGUCUUGAUGAUGCAUGUAAUACAGGCCUUGUUCUGGGGUUAGGCAUCUCAUCAACCCUGGAAACUUCAUCCAAGGCCAACAAUCAAACGCCCAAGAAGUCAUCAUGCGUCAAGUUUGAACCAACAGCCACGGCAGCGGCAGGUUUCGAGCCGUCGCUGACGCUGGGGCUUUCCGGUGAGAGCUAUCAAGUUGUUACUGCUAGCAAAAAGAUUGAUGUGAACAAAGGUGGUUAUCAUCAUCAUGAGGAACCUGCCGCGGCCGGUGAUUUGUAUCGUCAAGCUUCUCCUCAUAGUGCUGUUUCUUCGUUUUCUAGUGGUAGGGUCAAGAGGGAGAGAGACCUUAGCAGCGAAGAAGUAGAGGUAGAGAAGAAUUCCUCUAGAGUUAGCGAUGAGGAUGAAGACGGUGUUAAUGCAAGAAAGAAACUCAGGCUCACCAAAGACCAAUCUGCUCUUCUCGAGGAAAGCUUUAAACAGCAUAGCACUCUCAAUCCUAAGCAAAAGCAAGCUUUAGCAAGGCAAUUAAACCUGAGGCCUAGACAAGUUGAAGUAUGGUUCCAGAACAGGAGAGCCAGGACAAAGCUCAAGCAAACUGAGGUGGACUGUGAGUUCCUCAAGAAGUGCUGUGAGACACUAACAGAUGAAAACAGGAGACUGCAAAAGGAGCUACAAGAACUCAAGGCACUGAAACUGGCUCAACCCUUUUACAUGCACAUGCCAGCUGCUACUCUCACCAUGUGCCCAUCUUGUGAAAGGAUUGGCGGUGUGGGCGAUGGCAAUUCCAAGAGCCCGUUUUCAAUGGCUUCAAAGCCUCAUUUCUAUAAUCCCUUCACCAAUCCUUCUGCGGCAUGUUGAUUAAGUUGUUAGAACUUUGUAGCAAAAGAAAAGGAAAAAAAUAGACCACCCCCACAACCCCUCUAUUUUUUGGUUAAGGGCUUGUAGUGAAUUUAAAAUUAGUGUAAUUAAUUAAUUUGUAGAAAAAAAAUAGUAUAAUUACUGAUCAAUCUCCUCAUCUUAUUAAAUAUAUGUUUGUAAAUCAUUAGAAAGAUAUAGUAUCUAUGAAGGGAUUACUGUUAUUUAUUAUUGAUUCUUUUGUUCCA